AUGUCUGGACUAUACGAACCAGACCCAUUAGCGGCAAAAAUAAACCCGUUGAUGUAUUUCCCACUGAUCAUAUCCUACAUAGCUUCUUACAUGCCAUGCAGCUUUUGGUUUGGGUAUGGUUACAUGUUGUCUCACGGUAAUAUGAUGAAGGUGAAGCUGAGCUCCCAAGAUCCAUACUUUGACAAGCUUGCAGGCGCCAUGGUCACACGGAUUGAAAUGGAGCAGCCAAUGGCAGAGCUUGGACAUUCGAGAUCCACUUUGCCACUCGGGUUAGAUGGCCAAGCCCAUUUGUCAAACUGUGGGCCUUGCCGUCCUUUUCAAUUUAACGCUUACGGAGUAGUAAGAGAACCUACUAGGGAAAGAGCCAAGCAGAGAGAGAGUAGACAUAAAGAGAGAGAUUUAGCUAGGACCAAAACCACCGUGAGCAUCAAUCCACAAACCUCGAAAGAAGACUUUGAUGGAAUCCCUGAGGACUUGGUGUUUGAGAUUAUUGGGAGACUGCCUGCGAAAUCUGUGGCUAGGUUUCUUCUAGUAUCCAAGUUAUGGGCAAGGAUCAUCCGCAGUAAAGAGUUCAUCAACUCUUUCCCGUUAGGGUCUUCUUCACAGCCUCGACUCCUAAUCGCUUUCGGUGGUUUAGAUAGUCGAGUAGGAUCUUCUGGACGUGGUUCUAGGCGGUGGGAUCCUAGAAAAGAAAAUUGGUACUUCUUCUCGUCGGCUUUGUCAUCAUCAUCGUUUUUUCUCUCGCGCUCACAUACUCCGUUGCCAUGUCCUGAGAACAUAGAGUACCACUCUCAUUAUGUUAAUGGCUUACUAAGCGUCGGGUAUGGUCAAGAACAGUUCAUAGUUGACCCCACCACGGGUAAGUGCACAGCUUUACCUAGAGUCAAAACCAGGAGAAAGGUUGCGAUAAGUUUUUUCGGAUAUGAUCCACUUAACGAUGAGUAUAAAUUGGAUCUUGUUUCUGGAGUACCCGCAGGCAAUAAUCUGUCUUAUCAAGUAUACGGGAACUAUUUUCUUCUAAACUACGAGGGGAACGUAGCAAUACCCUUCAAAGCUACUGUAUUUUCAUUUGAUGUGUGGGUUUUGGAUCAGGGUGCUGAAAAACAAGAAUGGUUGAGGAUAUUAACUUUCAGUAUUGAACCUUGGAUGGCUUUAUUUCCUAAUUUAUUUUACAAUAUGUUACGAGUCAGAGGCAUUACACGGACGGGUGAGUUUAUUUUGGUACCAUGGAGCUACACUUGUAAUGGGGUUUAUGUUUUCCAUUACAACCCCAAGACGGAUAGCUUUAGAAAAAUUAUGGUUCAUGUAAACGCAGGCUCUGACUCUAGGCUUCUUGGUCCGGAAGAAACUGUUUUUUCGGAUUACGUUGAGAGUGUUAGUGUAAGAGAGACAGUUCAUGCUUAA